AACCCUCAAUCUAUGACGUAAACACUCGUCAAACCAAUAGUUAACCUCUCUCUUCUUUCUUUUUUUUGUUGUUGUAAGGAAUGAGCAACAGGCCUCGCUGCCGAUAUUAGCAUGAGAGACAUUUUCACCAUUAGGCUUUUGUGGAGGCUGUUUGAAUAAGUGGCAAAGGGUUUUGAAAAAGACCACACGAUUUUGUCAUUCUGUUACUUUUCGGAAGAAUUAUCGCCUCGUCUCUCGCAGGCUGUGUUAUGGAUGAAGUACGGCCUACCAGUGGUGCGCAAGCCCACGGGCUGGUGCCGCUGUUUCCUCCGGGACUUCAGGCUAUCUAUGGGGAAUGUCGGCGACUUUAUCCCGAUCAAGCCAACCCGCUGCAAGUGACUGCUAUAGUUAAAUAUUGGCUUGGAGGACCGGACCCGCUGGACUACAUCAGCAUGUACAGGAAUAUGGGCUGUUCAGCCCAGGACGUCCAGGAACAUUGGCACUAUGUGAGCUUUGGACUGAGUGAUCUGUAUGGGGACAAUCGUGUUCAUGAAUUUUCAGGGGCAGAUGGACCCAGUGGAUUUGGGUUUGAGCUCACCUUCAGACUCAAAAGGGAGGUGGGAGAGACUGCACCUCCAACGUGGCCAGCUGAACUCAUGCAAGGCUUGGCUCGCUAUGUGUUCCAGUCAGAAAACACAUUUUGUAGUGGUGAUCAUGUCUCGUGGCACAGUCCCCUGGACAACAGCGAGUCUCGUAUCCAGCACAUGUUGCUCACAGAAGACCCACAGAUGCAACCGAUUCAGACUCCCUUUGGCACAGUGAGCUUUCUCCAGAUUGUGGGUGUGUGUACAGAAGAGCUACAGGCGGCCCAACAGUGGAAUGGCCAAGGCAUCCUGGAGCUGAUGCGUGGAAUCAGAGUAGCUGGUGGCCCCUGGCUGAUUACAGACAUGAGGAGAGGAGAGACCAUUUUUGAAAUUGACCCACACCUACAACAGGAGAGAGUGGACCAGGGCAUUGAGACAGAGGGCUCUAACCUGAGCGGGGUCAGUGCCAAGUGUGUGUGGGACGAUCUGAGUCGUCCGCCAGAGGAUGAGGAGGACAGCCGAUCCAUCUGCAUUGGAUCCCAGCCCCGCAGGCUCUCCGACAAAGACACAGAGCAGAUCAGGGAGACCCUGAGAAAAGGCCUGGAGUUUAAGAGCAAGGCAGCACUGCCACCUAUCAACAGCCAGAAACAGAGUCAAGAGCGAGCUCAGAGUCGUAAGGACAGUUUGGAGAGUGAGAGCUCAGCCGCCAUCGUUCCCCACGAGCUGGUUCGAACACGGCAGCUGGAGAGCGUCCAUCUGAAAUUCAACCAGGAGUCAGGCACACUGCUGCCCCUCUGCCUGCGGGGCCGUUUGCUCCAUGGGAGACAUUUCACCUACAAAAGCAUCAACGGAGACACGGCCAUUACGUUCGUGUCCACCGGAGUGGAGGGAGCUUUUGCUACCGAGGAGCAUCCCUAUGCAGCUCACGGGCCCUGGCUUCAGAUAUUGUUGACUGAGGAGUUUGUGGAGCAGAUGCUCGGUGAUUUACAGGAACUAAACACUCGUGAGGAGGCAAACAAAGUUACCAAAGGAGUACAGCUGGCCAGAGAAGAAGCUGAAGAUUUCCGUCUUGCCAGACUCUGUGUUCGAUAAUCCACUGCAGUGAGACGGGAGACCUUUUUAUAGAUGCAAACCAAAACACCUGCAGACACACACACUUCCAGACUGCUCCACCAUGAACAGGAGGCCCGCAGAGAUCCUGAGCUGACCAGCGCACGUGUGCUGCUCCCCAGGUGGACGUCUGGACAAUGCUCCACUCCUCAAGAUGAUCCUGGAGAUCAGCGACACAAAAUCAGCUUCUGACUGUUACAAGUGUUCUCAGACUAGCUUAGUUGUUUACAACAUCUCUCUUUGAGACUGUCAAAUCAUUCUGAAACCAGCCUGUCCAGAUGGUUGCGAGAACAGGGUGCUUUCAUUCCUCUGGUAAAAUCCCAAUAUGCACCGCUUACGCAGUCGAGCAUGCAUCCUGUGAUCAGCAGUGUCUGGAGCGGUCAGCGGGUUCUCAAAAUCAAUGCUAUUUAUUCCAGUGGCCUUAAAAAGGGAACGCAAAAACACAAAAGGAACCCUGCUCAUCAGCCUUUUUCACUAACAGUAUAUUUGCAUAGAGUUAUUUACAAAUGCUGGACAUUUUUCUCUGUGUUUGUGUUCAUACCAAAGUUUUAACUGUUACCAUGAAGCCUCCCGUGCUCGUCUGUGCCUCAGAUAUUUUAAGAUUAUGUGGCAAUAACCUGACGGGCGACAUGCUAUGAUUAUCAUUCACCGCCACGUCUUAGGUGUCUGGCAAAUGCUGCAGCCCUAACCUCCUACACCGCGCUACGAGCUCACUGCCACAGUGAGGAAUCAUUGGGAUGUUUCUCCCCUCUCCCAGUAACGCACGUCUGCCCGGCCUGCAGUGAAAUGCAUCUAAUCUGAAGCAGAAGCGUCGGGAAUUCACUAUCUUGCUCCAAGUGCUGACUCCAGUGGCCACAUGAUUAUGAAAAAAAUGCUGUGGGUUUUUCUUUUUCUUCGUCCGCCUCUAGCGGGUCCCGCUCUACGUCUGGGUGGGACUGGUCGGUGCCUUCCGCCACAAAGGCCAGCGCGUUUUCCGUUGACUCUCGGUGCCACGCACAGCUGCCCGAUCGUUAAGACGCAUCACUUUAGGCCCAGGCCGUCGCUGCAUUCCACGCUGACUACAAGAUGGAGACGAAUCCAGAGUCUUCAGACAGAAAUGUACUCCUGGACAGCAUGCAGACCUAUUUUUUUGUCCUUUUUCUUUCAGAAUGAACGAUAUGGUUAGAUGUUGAUACUGAUGAAUAUUUGUUUCAAUAUUUUCAUGACUAAACUGUCAGAUUGUAAUCCUAAGUGCAUUAAAGAGUGUAGCUAUUCCACAAAUAAAUGAAUGGAUCACUAAUACAGAAGUAGCGUGAAUAUUUU